AUGCCGUUGACGGCCUCGACCUCCCUUGAAUCAAGGCUGGGGACCUCGUACAGCACCCGCACAUCAAAUAGGACGAGCCGGACAACUGGGACAACUUCAUAUCCAACUUUGACUUAUCAAGAUGAGACCACAGCUACAUCCCGUGCUCGAUCCAGGCGCAGUCGCAAUGGGCGACCUUCUACAUCGCGUCCUAAGACAUCGGCAUCAACCGUUGGUCGUGUCGAAUCGCAACAGGUCAUCUGCGCUGUCAGCGAGUCUCGAGGCGUAUCUCCAACCGUAGGGCUAACAUUCGUCAAUAUGGAUACGGGUGAAGCGGUCCUCUCCCAGCUGUGUGACAGUCAAACCUAUGUCAAGACGAUCCAUAAGCUCAGCAUCUACUGUCCCACGGAAGUUCUUAUCAUUCAAAGUGCGGCCAAUCCUGCGUCUAAGCUGUUUCAAAUCAUCGAGAAUCAUCUUCCUGUCAUUGCUAGCAAACUCGUUCUCGUUGAUCGUCGUUACUGGUCGGAGCAAUCCGGAAUGGAUUAUAUCAAGUCUCUCUGUUUUCCGGAAGAUGUCGAUUCUUUGAUCAUGGCUACUAAUGGGAGCUUUUAUGCCGUCUGUUGUGUGUCUGCAGCAUUUGCUUUCAUUCAACAUCAGUACGGUGUCACGUUUCCACAUCAUUCACUGCGGUUCAAGUAUGAGCCAUCCGAGGGAUCGAUGAUGAUCGACCUAUCAACCGUGCAAGCGCUCGAACUCAUCCAAAACCUGCACAACUCGAAGUCAAAGGACUGCCUCUUCGGACUUUUGAAUGGCACUCUGACUCCAAUGGGUGCCAGGCUGCUGCGGGCAAAUAUUCUACAACCACUCACCGACCCAGAUAUCAUCCAGGGACGUCUUGACGCUCUGGAGGAGAUGACAACGAACUCUGGUCAAUUCCGGUUCAUCAGAGAUGGCACGUGUCAUGCACCGCGAAAAUAUAGUAUGCUAACCUCACUAGCACUUAAGAACUUUCUAGAUGGCGAGAAGCUGUUGACUCAGCUCAUCACCGUCUAUACUGCAGAAGGGCGAUUAAUGCAAGAGCAGGAGCAGGCUAUCAACAAUGUCCUAUCUCUAAAAUCCUUCGUGAACGCGGUCCCGCCAGUUCAUGACGCUCUCCUAGAUUCGACGAGUACCUUGCUUCGGAAUAUUUGCCAACUCUGCGAUCCGUUAAAUAUUUCGGAAGUCCAACAGCUCAUUGAUAGUGUUGUUGACGAAACCACUAUCUUUGCAUCGAAGCCACUGGAUCUAAGGAACCAGCGCACAUAUGCAGUCAAGGAAGAAGCCAAUGGACUACUUGGAAUCGCGCGUCAGAGUUUUGCUGAAGCUCAGAAGGAUACCUAUGACUAUGUGACGGAACUCGCAGCUAUGCAUGGAAUGAACAUUGCCGCCAAAUAUGACAACUACAGGCAAUACUACCUCGUCAUUCCAUUGGAUGAGCUGGAAGUCAAGGAACUUCCACCAAUCUUUACGAAUAUCAUUCGGAAAAAGAAUGCGGUCGAGUGCCAGACGCUGGACUUGUUGAAGUGGAACCAGAAGAUUUCUGAUGCGCAUCAUGAAGUUCUCAAACAGAGUGAUGAAACCGUAUUGUCCUUGCUUGAACAGGUGCGUGGUCGAAUGUACAAUUUGUACAAGAUCUGUGAAAGCGUUGCUAUGCUUGACAUGCUGGCCUCAUUCGCAGAGAUAGCAACAACGAAAGACUAUGUUCGCCCGCUGUUCACUGAUACACUGGCAAUCAAAGCUGGGCGACAUGCAAUUGUCGAAUCCAUCCAGGGGAACAAAUUCAUCCCUAACGAUGUGUAUGCAACAAGGCAGACUAGGUUCCAGAUCAUCACAGGGAAGAGCACUUAUAUUCGCUCAAUUGCUUUGAUGACUAUCAUGGCACAAAUUGGAUGCUUUGUCCCUGCUCAACAUGCCUCCUUUUCAGUCCGCCACCAAAUGUUUGCUAGGUUGUCCCUUGACGACAGUAUUGAGGCAAAUACAUCCACCUUCGCCGCAGAAAUGCGUGAAACAGCAUUCAUCCUUCGGAACGUCAGCGAGACUUCAAUGGUCAUCAUCGACGAACUCGGACGAGGCACAAGCACGAAGGAUGGCAUGGCUAUCGCAAUCGCCAUUGCAGAAGCCCUGAUUGAAAGUGGAGCGCUCGUAUGGUUUACCUCCCAUUUUCUGGAUCUUGCUUCCAUUCUGGGGGAGCACAAUGGUGUGACCAACAUGCACCUUGCUGUCGAUCUAUCCAAUGCCCAAGCGAUGACGAUGCUGUACCGCAUCUCCGCUGGCCAAGCCAAGGAGCAACACUACGGUCUCAAGUCGGCCCGUUUGAUGCAACUCCCGGCAACUGUCCUUGACACAGCGCAGACUGUGGCCGAGAAGAUCGAAAGGAAUCGGAAGGAGUUGAAACAAGCAUCGAGUUCGGUUCAAGCCGGUCGUCGCCGUCGCCUAAUCCUUGAAUUUCAUGAGCAUCUGAAGCAAGCCCACAACGGUCGUCUCGAAGGGCAAGCGCUCAAAAAUUGGCUCAAUGAGCUGCAAGACGAAUUCAUCACGCGCAUGACUGCCAUCAACAGCCUGUCGGAGGGGGGUUGA